AUGACCACAUUUCAAAUCCCUGGCUUGGAUUAUGGAAGUGAUGAAAGUUCACCAGAACCGGAGGAGGAUCCGUUGGAGAGCCACAUGUGUAUUGAUUGCUAUAGUAUCGCGAUGAAAAUCGUACAGCAGCCCAAGGGAACGCCACUAGCGGACAAAUAUCUCGCCGUGCAUGAGUUAAGCAAUGAGGAAAUAGUUCUUUUUGGUAACGCGUUGAAGGAAAGCGAUAUUGAUCCCGAAGGCGAUGACUUUAUUCACUGUGAUAGAUGUAACUGUUAUUAUCGUGCCUCUUGUAAGGAGCACCCUCUUUUUUGGGUGAAGGAUCGUGAACCGAGUAAAAAUUCAAAGCCCGAAGAUCGUGCUCGAAUGACUGCACCAGCUUUUAUAAGUAUCAAAACUUCUUCAAUACCUAACGCAGGCUUGGGAGCGUUUGCUGAAGCGUGUAUCCCUGUUGGUAUGGUGUUCGGCCCAUAUCAAGGCAUACUACUGGAAGAUGCUUCUGAAGCGGAGAAAGACGGAUAUUGUUGGGAACUUCGAAGUCACACAGGUCCGCACUUCAUCGAUGGUAGUAACACACAGUAUUCAAAUUGGAUGCGAUAUAUUAAUAGUUCUCGACAUGACAAGGAACAAAAUCUGUUGGCGUUCCAAUACUGCGGUGGAGUAUACUAUCGAGUAAUACGACCGAUCAAGAUCAAGGACGAGCUAUUAGUGUGGUAUGGUAAGAAGUUCGGCAAAAGUCUCGGCGUUUUCACGACUUUGCGUUCUGUGAAGAAGCCAAUCGCGGCCGCAAACAAGAAUCCGUUUAUUCUCUAA